UCCUGAUAAAAAAUGAUAUAAAAGCAGAUUGCUAUCUCAGAGUUCUCUAUCACAUCUAUCUCAUUCGGCAAAUACUUUCAAGAAAAAAAAACUGAAUUCAUGAAUACCUUAACUUUUGUUGUUAUAUUUGCUGUGCUGGUUACUUUAGCCACUGCUAACAGUUAUAAUCGAGGAUCAUGGGAUACACAUGGAUCCAGAGUUUUGGGAAGUAGAUGGAAUAGUAGACAGCUUAGUAAUGGAUGGAAUAGUGGUUGGAAUAGUAGACGUCUGUCAGGGGGAUUGAAUGGCGGAUAUCGAAGACACAAAAGAGCAGCUACAUAUGAUUCAUACAGAAGCAGUCAUCUUAACAGUGGAGUAGGACAUUUGAACACAUGGGGUAUUAAUUCAGGAAGGAGAUCUAAUCUAGGAUGGGGAUCUAACUCAGGAUGGAGAUCUAACUCAGGAUUGAGAUCUAACUUAGGCUUGAGUCAUUUCGGAUAUUAAGAAAAAAGAAGGACACAAGCAGUGUGUAACAGCAUACAGUGAUAUCAACCAUCCGUAGAUUUUUUUACUUUUUCAAAUAAAAUUAAUGUGCCU